GUAGACAGACUUUCGGCGUGAAGAAGCUUCAGCGGACAAUCAAAUACUUGGAAAUAAUUUGAAAAACGUGCAGUUUGCAAUUGUGCUAAACCGUAAAGACAUGACAGAAUUUAAUUCAAUGAACAGAGGGAAAUCUGUGGAAAUCUUUUCGUUGCUUCAACCGGAUAAGAUGUUGGAGGAAAUGGGAGAAAUGGAUUGCAGGCCUUUGAAAUUGCCUUUUCUGACGCUGGAAAAUCUUAGAAAAAUCAUCACCCCCUAUGUGAAAGAUGUUUCACAGGAUCAGUGGGCGUCUUUAGCCGAUGGUGACCCUGGAUCAAAAGUUGUCAUUCUGUUGUCCGGCAUGUGCCAUGCGAUUAUAGAAAAAAUUAGCGCCUUGAUCCUGGAGAUUGUAGAACCUCAGGUUCUUGCCAAGGGGCACAAUCAUGCAUGUGGAGAUAAGGUAAGUUUGCAGGAUGGGUGCAGCUGCUGCAGAGUAACAGAAAAUAAUAUUCAAGCCAGCUUCAGAAACACCCUUCAUUACUGUUUUGGUGAAGCCCUAUCCAUGAUACAAGGUAAGUCCUACAACUCGGAUAUAUUAGUAAAGCUGUUUUCAGCAGAAAUUACUAAAAAAGUCAACUCGUCGCUGGCUCGUAUCACAGGGCCAGCUCCUACCCCAAAAACUCAUGACUCAGUGACAGCUAUGAGCAUUAUACAAAUGGUGUAUAAUGUGACUGAGAUUUUUGAAUGCAUCUUGAAUAUCAGCAGAAAAAUCACAGACAGGACAUCUGACAGCAUGACAUGCUCAGACUCUAAUUGCAAGCAGACUUGCUGUCUAGAUGUGGAGGAGGAGGAAGAUGCAGAAAUCCCACAAAUAAGUGAAUGUUCCUUAGAGAAUUCAUUGUGCACGGAUAAUCUGAGUCCUCCUCCAACUCCAGAGCUCCCUAAGUAUUCAGAAAUAUUUGUCCCUUCAGCACUGAUUUUAGCCUACCAGGAGAAUUCUUCACCAAGUCUGGAGUCUCCUGAAUGUCCAGUCAACAUGACCUUUCUUACUGUGCUUCUUGCUAAGUUAGUCGACCAUAUUGCAUCAAAAACCAGAACAUCCAUACUAAACGUGGACAUGGUUGAAUUAUUGAGUGGUGUAACAAUGAGGACUGAAAAAGAACUGGAUUCCAUUCUCCCACCAAGUGUGGAAAACCUGCACAUCCCCAUCUAUAAAAAGCUGUGCAAGGAGUUUGGAUCCAAAUACUUGUUGCAGGCUGCCAUGGAAUCUGGUGACGAAUUAUUUGAGAUUGCUGUUUCAGAGCUUUUAGUGUCACAGCUCCAGAAAUCUUUAGUAAGGUCAAAGAAUUCUGGGACCAUAUGGAGAGUUGUCAAGGAUGGUAAACUUUCUCCAGUGCGUGAGAUUCCAACACCAGAGUCUCCCAGUGAAGAAAGUAGUGAACAAAAAAUACCAGCCAGUACUCUCAAAAAGAGUACUGGCUGGUUUUCUCGUCUGUUUAACGUGAUCAAUAGAGCCCUGGACAGUGACAUUCACAGACUUGACUAUACAGUGACAAACCCACCCGUCUGGACAAACCCUGUUCUGUAAUUUUUAUCUUGAAAACUGAU